AUGUUUCUCAAGGAGGUCAUCAUCGAUGGCUUCAAAAGUUAUGCGACGCGCACGACAGUCUCAGACUUCGACCCUUCAUUCAACGCAAUUACCGGUCUCAACGGAUCUGGAAAAUCGAAUGUCCUCGACUCCAUAUGCUUCGUUCUCGGAAUCACUAACUUAUCACAAGUGCGCGCGUCUUCCUUGCAAGAGCUCGUCUACAAGGGCGGGCAAGCAGGAGUAACGAAAGCUUCCGUGACUCUUGUUUUCAAUAACCGCGAAAAGGAAACGGCGCCCGUAGGAUACGAGCAAGUCGACGAGAUUACUGUCACUAGGCAGAUUGUCAUCGGUGGGCGGAACAAGUAUCUUGUUAAUGGCACCAAUGCGCAACCCGGCCGUGUUCAAAAUCUUUUUCAUUCCGUCGGGCUCAAUGUCAAUAACCCGCAUUUUCUUAUUAUGCAGGGGCGAAUCACAAAAGUCAUCAAUAUGAAGCCACCAGAGGUGUUGAGCAUGAUUGAGGAGGCCGCUGGAACUAAGAUGUACGAGAAUAAGAAGGAAGCAGCUCUCAGGACCAUUGAGAGGAAGGAGAGGAAAGUCGAGGAAAUCAAUUCUCUCCUGGAGGACAAGAUCAACCCUUCCCUUCAAAAACUUGAGCGCGAGCGCAAGCACUACUUGGAGUGGACGACAAACAACAACGAAGUCGAAAAGUUAAAGCGAUACCUCAUUGCUGAUCAGUAUUAUCGGGCAGUCAAAAUGCUGAAGAAAAACUCAGGGGAAGGGUCUGAAUUGUCCGACCGGGUUGAUGAAAUCACAUCUUUAUUAUCUUCUUUAGAGGCUGAACAGAAACACGCCACUGAAAAAGUGACGCAGCUCACCAAGGAGCGCGCGGCGCAACUCGACGACGGCGCGCUCGAGGAACAACAGAGCAAGGUCGACGACCUCGGGAAAAAAAUUGUCAAGUUACGUACCGCCUUUGACCUCCUGAGAAAAAACAUUGCGACUGCGGAAAGCGAGGUACAACCGGCGGAGAAGAAUCUGGAGAAGAUCUCAGAAGAAUUAGAGCAAGCAGAAACUGCUUUGCUCACGGGAGCUAGUCAGGGUUCUCAGUCUGGAGCUGUGGGAUCUGCAAUCGACCAACUUGACAGUGCCAAGAGAGCCGUGUCAACUGCACAAACGCAGAUCGAGUCUCUAAAGUUGGAACAGAAGCACGUGUACUCCGAACUGAAUUCUAAGGCAGAGCAACUCGCGCAAGAUAGAGCGAAUAUUAGGAGUUUAGAGGCAGAACGCAAAGCAGCAGAAAAGGCAAUUUCUGAUGCUAGACUCGCAGUUCAUGAGCUCGACUUUGACGCCGACGCAGCCACGACGUUGGAGUCCAAGCUUGAAGAAGAGCGGGGAAUAGUUGCCCAGCUUCGCGAGAAAGUGGAUCAUCUCUCUGCUCGCCUUGGGUCAUGCGACUUUCAGUAUUCAGACCCUCGUCCAAAUUUCGAUAGAAGCAAAGUUCAUGGUCUCGUCGCAAAAUUGAUUCGAGUGAAGGAUCCGAAAGUGACCACGGCAAUCGAGGUAACAGCCGGUGGACGCCUCUAUCAAGUCGUCGUUGACACUGACUCUACUGCGAAUGACAUUCUGAGGAAUGGCAAAUUAGCUCGACGGGUAACGAUUCUGCCCUUGAACAAGAUUCGUCAUGAAAUUUUGUCAAGGUCGAAGCUUGAGGCGGCAAAGCAGAUCGAGCCUUCAACCGAAAUGGCUCUUAGCUUGGUCGGGUAUGGCCAUGAGGUUGCUAACGCUAUCGAACAUGUUUUUGGUCGCACAUUGAUUUGUUUUGACAUGGACGCCGCAAAGCGAGUUACUUUCGACAAUCGAGUGAGAACUCGGUCUGUAACUCUGGAGGGCGACACCUACGAUCCUUCAGGUACUGCUUCUGGGGGUUCUUCUUCGAGGCAUGGAGCUUCUGUUUUAACUCGACUGGGAGAGCUCAACGAUGCAGAGGCAGAGCUCAGAGUCCAUAGCGCAAAUUUACGAGAAUUAGAAACUCAAUUUUUUCGCAUAAGCGAACAAGGGAAGCGAUUCCGGCAACUCCAAAUGAUGCUGCAGGUUCGCCAGAAUGAAGCUGAGCUGCUAGAAAAUCGGUUGCGGGAAACAGCGACUGGACGAUUACUUUCAGAAGUAGAAGAGCUGAGAAAGAGGUACAACCAGGAUAUCCCAGAGGCUUUGAAUGCUGCGAAGGAGAUAGCAUCUAAAGAAUCGGAGAAAGUGAAGGAAUUAGAACAUUCUAUGAAGGAUGGAAAGGCUGCCAAAGAAAAGGCCCUCAAAGAAGCGGAAGCUGCGUUGCAAAGAGCACGAGCGUCAAGAAUGGAAGCUUCAUUGCACCUGCAGAAGUUAAAAGAUCGACACUCGACGUUAUUAGUAGAAAAAGAGACAACAGAAGAAGAGGUGAAACGACUGAGUAAGCAAUUGUCGGAGACACUUGAGCCGUCUGUAGCCAAACUGCAAGAAGAAGUUUCGAUCCUGGAGACCAGGGUUGCGGACACACGAAAUGAGUUUGAGGAAGCUGAGAAGGGGUUGGGAGAAGAGCGGGAACGUCUUGCGAGCUCUAACCAGGCUUUGAGGAGAGCGAAGAAGGAUGUAGAGGACCGGGGCGAAAAGAUGGAAGGGUUAUCUCUCGAGAAAGCAAAGUUGGAUAGUAAGAUUCGGGAAGCGGCGAGAGGCCGAUCUGGGGCCGAAAAGACUGUUGAAAAGCUGGAGAAGACGCAUGCUUGGAUCGAACAGGAUUUCGAUCAGUUUGGGAAAGCCAUGCAUCUUUUCGAAACGGCUAAGCAAGAGUACACAGACUUGAUGAGAAGGAAAGGAAUCAUCGAGAAGGACAAGGAAAAAAUCGAGAUGGUGAUCGCAGGGUUGGAUGAAAAGAAGAUGGUGGCGUUGGAAAAGACGUGGCGCAAAGUUGACAGUGACUUUGGGAAUAUAUUCUCGGACUUGCUUCCAGGAACAUCAGCGCGACUCGAGCCGCCAGAGGGAAAAUCUGUGGAGGACGGGCUUGAGAUCCGAGUGGCGUUUGGAGAUGUCUGGAAAGACUCAUUGUCUGAGUUGUCAGGUGGGCAGAGGAGUCUGAUCGCGUUGUCUCUCAUCCUCGCAAUGCUGCGUUUCAAGCCUGCACCGAUGUACAUUUUAGACGAAGUUGACGCGGCUCUCGACCUGAGUCACACGCAAAACAUUGGUCGCAUGUUGCGGCGACAUUUCUCUGGGUCUCAGUUUAUUGUCGUUUCCUUGAAGGAGGGCAUGUUUGGCAAUGCGAAUGUGAUCUUCCGGACUAAGUUUGUGGACGGAGUGUCUACAAUUAAGCGGACGGCGAACAAUCCUACAGCGGACGAGGAGGCA